AGACUUCGGGAAUCUCCUUCGACGAAGAGAUCCGGGAGUCUAGUCGAGUCGGCGCGAAUGCCGUCUUAUUUUCGCGAGAGGAGAGAUUCUAGCGUGAAUGAAGCCGGACGGAGCCUGCGGACAGUAGACGGACAACAUACAUACAUAUAUACGAUUCGUCAUCCCCGGUGUCGGGACACACGGAAGAAGAGCGAGAAUCGCAAGUGCGAGGACCGGAUCGACUGACAACAACAUCGUCGUCGUCGUCAUCGUCGUCAGCUGUCGUCGGACAAACCUCGUCGUCAUCGUCGCGUCCGUCGUCUCCUUACGCGCAACGUGGAGUAGAUUUUCGAAAAAAAAGGACGAGAAUAAAGUGAGCCAGAGAACAACGACGAAGCCGCCACGAUGAGCUUCCUAUUUGGGAGCAGGUCUUCAAAGACCUUUAAACCAAAGAAGAACAUCCCUGAAGGCACGCAUCAAUAUGACUUGAUGAAACAUGCUGCUGCCACAUUGGGUUCUGGAAAUUUGCGAUUGGCUGUUAUGCUUCCUGAAGGAGAAGAUUUGAAUGAGUGGGUGGCUGUCAAUACUGUUGAUUUUUUCAAUCAAAUCAAUAUGCUGUAUGGCACCAUCACAGAAUUUUGCACGGAAGAGAGUUGUCCCAUCAUGUCUGCUGGACCAAAGUACGAAUAUCAUUGGGCUGAUGGUCAUACGGUGAAAAAACCCAUCAAGUGCUCAGCACCCAAGUACAUAGACUACUUGAUGACCUGGGUGCAGGAUCAAUUGGACGACGAGACUCUAUUUCCAUCCAAAAUCGGAGUUCCUUUCCCGAAAAAUUUCUUAUCAAUCGCAAAAACUAUUCUGAAACGGUUAUUCAGAGUAUACGCCCAUAUUUAUCAUCAGCACUUCAGCGAAGUCGUGCAGCUCGGUGAAGAAGCACACUUAAACACAUCUUUCAAGCAUUUCAUAUUUUUUGUUCAGGAAUUCAAUUUAAUCGAGAGAAGAGAGUUGGCGCCUCUGCAAGAGCUAAUAGAAAAACUGACAGCGAAAGACGCGCGAUGAGUCUGCCUAUCGUCUACAAGCCAUUCGUCUCUUCAAAACCUCCUCUCCAAAGAAUCUCUCAACGCCGUCUUUGCUAACUCGCACGUGUAAUCACAUUAUUUAUCCACUAAAUGCUAAUUUCACGAUCUGUCUCUGCCUCCAAGUAGGAAACAAAAGCGCACCGUUUGAGAAGCAAAUGACUGAUAAUACGAGUUAAUAAUUAUAGUGUUUGUUCCAAAACCUCGUUCUUCUAAACGGCGCGUAGGUAUAUUCUGUAUAUUCUGGCUGAAUAUACAUAUAUACACACAGUCGUCAUCAAGUGGAUAACUAAUUUUGAGAUAGCAUAUCUAAUUUCGCGACAUUCUGUUUCUUUCGAGUACUUUCCAAGCAUGUUUCAUUGUCGAUUGUAAUUUAUUGUCUUAUCAAUUGUUGAUAUGCGAGAGAAAGAAAGAGAGAGAGAAAAAAAAGAGAUAUAUAAUCAGAUCGUCCGAAACAAAGUCCAAAACGCGUGUCGAUACAAAGUAUAGGCUUAUCUCGAAAAAAGAAACGUAUUGUAAACGUUUAGUAAACGCGUUCUUUUUCACAAACGAACAAGACCAUCGCUCACUGGUUUUGUUUACCUCUCGGGUUUUGCACUUUUGUUAUUAUUACCUAUCAUUAUUAUCGGAUGUAAAAAUACUAUCGCUAUUAUACGAAUAUAGAUAUUAUUGAUUAUCGUUUCGUACAGUUGCAUGUACGAAGGCAAUGGCAUAUCGUAAAUUUUUGUAUGGUUACUUUUACGUUUAAGGAUAGUUUUACAAAUACAGUCCUGUCGAAUUAGCAUACACAUAUAUAUAUCCCCCGGAUCAUAUAUAUGAAACCGUUAAAAAAAUAUUAAUAUUGCAUUAAUAUGUAACUGACUACUUUAAGAGAUAUCAUCCUGUUAAGCGCUUAUAGACUUAUUUAUAUGACUAGAAUUUUUGUAUGCGUUUUGUCCCCCUGUAGAGAGUGAUAUAUAUUUCCUGCUUUAGACGCUUUUUAAAUACCGGUGGUCAGACCGUUUGCGUCGUCUUACUGCAAUUUCCUAUAUAUUUUCAUUGAUAUAUUACAAUCUAUUUUUUAAAAAAUGACCAUAAACGUUAUUUCGGUAUAUUUUACCAAACUUAUUAUAAAACGUGAGUAAUGGCAUGAAAAAACAAAUUUAUUUUGAGAAAAGAAUUUACGUCUUUUUUAUGUUAUAAUCCAAUGUGAUUAUAGUGAGGAAAAAUCUUAAUUAAAAGUCUUAAUUAAAAAUACUAGGAAAUUAUUUUUUUUAACGCCUAUUGUAAUGCCUAUUGUAUUGAUGUUUUAUGUACAUGUUUAGAUUUGUUGUUCUUAUAUUUUAUCACUUAAUUGAUUUUACUACACUGCAAUGAUCAAUCAAUGAAGAGUUUAUCGAGCAGCAUUCAAUUGUUCACAAAGUUCGAAUCAUAACAUCUAAUACUUUAAUUACUUUUAUAUAGUCUUAAUGAAAGAGUAAUAUAAUACUAUAUAAUUAUAUUUGGUCUACUUACGGAUCGUGAAUUGCUGCACAAGUCUUAAGAACGUAACGAAUAAUUCGUCAUUUCUUUCGGCAAACUAUGAUAACACUAAGUCUUUAAGGAGAUUCCAAAGUGCUGAGAAAGUGUUUUAAAAGAAAAAAAAACAUAUUUUUUUCAUUGUAGUAGACAUUAAGAAUUCGACCGCGCGAAUUUUGUGUGUGUGUGUGUGUGUGUAUGUAUACGUGUGUAUGUCACAAACUUCUUAUAAAUACGGCUUUUUUAAAUAAGGAACUUAGCUUUUUGUAAAACGCUUUUAAAAGGCUUUUAAAUUAUUUUAUAAAAAAUGCUGUCUUUUUAUGAAAAAGUUGAUUUUACAAGGAGUUUGCAACAUAUGCAUAUGUGCGCAUUAUUAUCUAUAUAUAGACACACACAUACACCCACAUCUACGUAUUUUAUUAUAAUGAUAACAAAAAAUAGUGAUUGACGGCAAUGAUUUAAGGUGAUAACGCUAAUAUCGUUGCCGGAAAACGAAGACGACGCAUAUAUACGCUGAAUUUAGGCAUAAAUAAUAUAAUAAUAGUAACAAUAAUAAUAUAUUCGGUACUUAAGAAAGAUUAACAAAAAGCGAGGAGCAAGAAAAAUUAACACGUAUUCUUUGAAAAUAGUAUAAUAGCGCCCGUUCGUAUAAGUGUUACGAACGGAGAUAGUCGCCUAUCAGAUUUGCGUUUUCGAUGAUACUGUUAUAAAUUCAUUAAUUUUGAUCCUACAUAUAUAUAUAUAAAUAUAUAAAUAUAUAAAUAUAUUUAUACGCGUAUUAUAGAGUAGCGUCGUAAACGUUAACGCGUAACUAUAUUCACCUGUGUUGUUUAGACGCUUAUCUAACAAUAAGCGACGAAAAAUACACUUAUGUUUCUUUUUCCUUUAAUUUUUUGAGCGACUUUCCGCGGCGCGAAUGUGCCUCAACGCGACUAUUCGACACAGUCAUGACAAAUAUGACAAAUCUAUCUCCGAACAAUUUGUUUAAAAAAAUUAUCCUAGAAUUUGUAUAAAAGAUUGUAAUCGCAAGAUCGAAAAAAUUGAUACUAAAAGAGCCGAAUUCGCGAAGAUAGAUUUUCGUCGAGCAUUCAUGGAUUCUCUAGAACUACAAAAACAUAUUCGAUAUAAGUAAACUAAAUUUUUGAAAAAGUUUUUAGUUAGAAAAUACAUACAACGUUGAUCUUCAUGACAGUUCCUCAUCUUUGGCUCUUUUAGCGUUAAAAAUUUCUGUAUAAUUAUCUUCUAAGGUUGAAUAGAUUCGAUGUUGGUUUUGUUCGACAUUUGUUGUAGAUGCGAAGGAUGAAUUAAUAGUAACUUUAUCGCGAAUCAGGCGAAGAGACUACUUUUAUCCUAUGAAUCUUGUAGAAGUCAGAAAUUUCUUACGCGCCAGGAAAGACGAGUUCGUGUGUUGAAAGGGUUGUAUUUUUUUUUCAAACGGCCUUUCGCGGAGAGUUCUCAGCGACCAACUGUCCGCUCGUUUGAUAGUAACGCUAGUGUGAUAUAUGUGCAAUGUAAAUAAUAUUUUUCACGAUUAAACGAGGGAGAUCCCCUCCCAUCCGCGUCCAGAUCACGGCGUAUUAUGGCCGCGUAUAAAAUGUUUAUAGGAUAUAAUCUUGUAAUCUUUCUGUAAUAAAUAUCGUUCCAAUUGUA